AUGGUCCAAGUACGGCAGCCGACGCAGGAGGAGCUGGAGAAGCGCAGGAUUGUCGAUGUUCACCCGGAGCACGUCUCCAAUAUUUCUUCGACCGACUUUCCUGGCCACUACCCAGGCGAAGACCACAAAUGGGACCUCGAGAAGUUCAGGAAGAACUUUCGCGUCGACUUCCACCAAAAUGACCCGUGCGAGUCCCAGUUCUCCCUCGUGGGCGUGGAUGCCGCCAUCGCAAACGCCUUCCGCCGUAUCACUAUCUCCGAGCUUCCUACCCUAGCCAUUGAAGAAGUCUACAUCCUCAACAACACCUCGAUCAUCCAGGAUGAGGUGCUGGCGCAUCGCCUGGGCUUGAUCCCGCUGAAAGGCAACCGCGAGGGUCUGAGGAACCUCAAGUGGUUUAGGAAACCGAUUCCUGGCGACGAAGGCUCCGGCGAUACCCCGACGGACUACAACACCGUCGUCCUAGAGCUGGACGUCGAGUGCACGUGGGCUCCCAACGGCCGCGAACUUGCGCGCAAGGGCGAGACAGACCCGAAGAAGCUGUUUGUCAACUCAAGCGUUUACGCACACCAGAUCAAGUUCAACCCCACCGGCAACCAGGCUCAAGUUUUCGCCGGCGAGGGCAUCGUCCAGCCCGUCCACCCCGACAUUCUGAUUGCGAAGCUGCGCCCCGGCCAAGCCAUCAAGCUCAGCAUGCACUGCGUGAAGGGCAUCGGCGCGGACCACGCGAAGUUCUCGCCCGUGGCGACGGCGACGUACCGGCUGCUGCCGCACAUUGCCAUCACGGCGCCGAUCAUCGGCGCAGACGCGCACAAGUUCGCGCGCUGCUUCCCGCCGGGCGUGAUCACGGAGGAGCCGAUUACGGCGGCCGAGGCGGCGCAGGAGGGCUCCGGCUACGAGGGCCACGAGGGCGAGAAGAAGGCCGUGGUCACGAACCCGUUCCACGACACGGUGACGCGCGAGGCGCUUCGCCACGACGAGUUCAAGGAUAAGGUCAAGCUUGGCCGCAUCAGGGACCAUUUCAUCUUCAGCAUCGAGAGCACGGGCCAAUGCGACAGCGACGAGCUGUUCCUCCAGAGUGUCAAGGCGCUCAAGACGAAAUGCCAGAUCAUGAAGAGGAGUAUGGCGAACUUGAUGAGGUAA